UCUGGGAAAGGGCGGGGUGGAAGCAUCCGGGCUGUCCAAAAAAUGUGACCUAUCAGGGCGCAGCUGUCACUUGAAGGCUUAGAGGGACUUGGCUGUCACCCUUCCCGGGGGACUAAACUGUUGAGGGAGGGUGAGAUCAUGACUGAGAGUGCCUAACUCUUUGGGUAAAAGGGGGAGAAAAAAAAGUGUAUGCACCGUAGGCGUGGUGGAAUCGGACGUCUACAGACUUUGGAGCUGAGUGCGUUUAGAGUACCAGGGGGCACUCCAGGAGCAGCGACCAACCUCCCUCUGUGUCCUAAGACCUGGAAGAUUUGAAACAGGAAGGUAGCGAGCAGAGGCCGGCGCUUCCAAAAGGCAAUCCUGGGAGUUGUUAAUGCAACAUGAUCCUAUGGGACUUGUUCUAAAAAUAUCAUCAGACGGGAGUUCAUGAACCACUUCUAUCUGGUUAAUUAGCUGCAGAUUAGGCGUUUUGUUUUCACCAAUCUAAUUGGACUUGCUCAGGAUGAACAAAAGUAUAUUGCAAAACUUUAUGGCACAAGUACACCAAAGGUAAACCCUGUUUAUUCAUCGUUUUUGGCUGUUCAUUCAGAUUUUCAUUUAGAAAUAUACUGCAUAUUGAGCAGAAGCAUUAAAUACAGUACUAUAAAAACAGGCCUAUUUGACUGUGUCAUGUUCAAAUAUUUGGAAUCUGUUCAUUAAGUAGAAUCGUAGUAAAGGAUGCGAUGGUAGCAUGUGCUCUUGAUCUACUUUGGACAAGGAACAGGAUACUCAGAUUCGGGGCCCAGUUUCAAAGCAACACUUCAAACUGAUUCAGCAGUGAAAUAGUCCCAUACAGUCCCAUAGCUGGAAGAUAAAGGCAUUGACAAUAAAAAAGAGACACAGCCAUGAAAAAAGCAGAGGUGCAGAUGACCCUGAAGAAGGGGGCCGAUGAUGGAGCGUAUGGUGUUGAACCUCCCAGCCCCCGACUAGCAUCCAAACGGGCCAAAGUGAACAAGGACCAGGUGGUACCAGGUCCUGAAGGCUCGAUGUAUCCCACUCAAACUCCACCCGUGUUCAUCCGGAAGAUGAGGAAUGCAGCAGUGGGCACAGGAUGUGACAUCCGUCUGAAGGUGGCCGUGGCGGGAGACCCACAACCCGCUCUGUACUGGUACCAUAACGAUGACAAUCUUAACAUGGAUAACCAAGAAUAUGGGGGCUUGUGGAUCAGGGACUGUAAACCGAGUGAUGCUGGCCUCUACAGCUGUAUUGCCACUAACUUCCUUGGAGAGGCUAGAAGCAGCGCGGUCCUUGCUGUUCUGGAUUUGGGAGAAGACUCAGAGACUACAGAGGACGAAGCCACUGAGCCCCAGAUACGCAUGGAGACCAAAGAGAGACCCGAGGGUCCUCAGGACCAGGCUUCCCAAAGACUGCCUGCAGGUGACAGGGUGAUGGCUGCCGGUCCUGAGGGGGCCAGUCACCUGGGCCCACGCACGGAUACUUGGGAGGGCACAGUGGUAGAGAAGGAGGCCCUGGUCCUGGGCUCUCGAUCGCUCGGGCAGCAGGACCUCUCCAAGGCCGCCAGGAGCCAUUCUGAGGAUGUUUUGAGGGACUCUCCCCCUCAAGCUCUCCCUCCCCCUUCCCCCAAAUUUGGCCGCUCGACUGCCUCUCCCCUGCCCAGCCGAUCUGGUUCAGCCCCUGCCACGCCCCUCGCCCCACGCAAGAAAGCCGUUGUGCCAACCGAAUACCAGGACACAGUACCAGGUGAGUUUGAGGAGAAGAUCAAACAGCCCAAGUCCUCAGGCAUGUCCCAGAGUAGUGCCCCGGACUCCCGGCCUCAGACUCCCGUCAGCGAGUACUCGCGCAAGGACCUGACCCCCCGCCCGUCACCCAAACUAACCCGUCCCAGCUCCAAGAUCUUCGAGAAGGUGCGAGACUGCGAGCGCCGGAGGAGCAUCGACAACGAGGGCUCCAUCUCUGGACGCUCUUGGGCCGGAUUCCACCGAGCCCCGUCCGUCGACUCGGACGAUGGAGGAAGCCGAUUGGGGAUUUCCAGGGAGAGCUCUCGGGAAGACCUCAGUGAGGCUUUGAAGGCCGACGCAGCCCAGAGGAGGUCAAUGUUCAAGCAGAGGGCUGCCUCCUUGGAGGACAGGCCACGGUACUCUCAGAAGGUCCAGGACAUCGAAAGCAAGUUCACCGAGGAGCUGCAGCGCAUCAAGAAGCUUGUGGGGAAGCCGCACAUGAAGAAGUCCUUCUCCACCGAGCAGCUCUCCCAUAGGAGCCGGCAGCCCCUGAGGAAACUGGAGCCGAUUCCUCCUCAGGUGCUGCAGAAACUGCAGGACAGGGAGCGUGCCCAGCAGGCUCAGGAACAGAAAGAGAGAGAACAACACAAAGGGCAGUCACCUCUCAAGUCACCACACAUGGAACAGAGCCAGCUACAAGUACAAGCAAUACAAGUGCCACCAGAUCGGGUCUCGCCUCAGCAGCUGGAGACCAAGCGAGCCACGGUGAGCAUCAUGGCCCGGAGCCGACUGGGAGACGAGGUCUCAUCUCCGGAGGCCUUGUCCUCCUCAGAAUUGCCUGGACACCGUUCACCGAGGCAUAUGCGGAGUGCCAGUCCAAUGAGGGAGACUCCGCGGAGAUCACCAAUAGAUGUCACCCACGUGCUUGAGGAACGAUCAUCGUCUCCUAGAAGAGGCACAGAGUCACCAUCUCGGAAUGUUGUGGAAAUGGCGCUGCGUAAGGUCGAACUGAGACCGUCCAGUCCCCUAGUACAGCGGGUCAUACGUGUGCAAGAAGUUCCCGUCAUGUCAGAAAAGGAUGAAGCUAUUCACAGGAAGACACCCAUAGAAAUAUCUUUAAGGAAAGUGGAACAUAGACCUGAAAGUCCACUUGUGCAGAGAGUUAUAAACCAAGAACGACCUGGCCAAGCACCACCAAAACCCCCCAGGGUGUCCCUGUCCUCGUCUGACGAGGAGAAGAUGGAGAUGGACGUGACUCCUUUGACUCCGGUGCCUGCUCCUGCUCCUGGUCCUGCUCCUGCUCCUGCUCCUGCUGCUGCUCCAAUGAAACUUAUCAUUCCCACCAUAAUUAUAGAGGAGGAAUCAAUGGAGGUGGUUCCAGCAGAGGUUGACAAGGAAAGGAAAAGCAGCCCUGUCAGAGAGGAGAAACCGCAGAGGACCCGAGGGAAGGGCAGACGCACCAGGCCCAUGUCUCCUGAACUGGAAUCCUCAGACGACUCAUACGUGUCUGCAGGAGAGGACCCCAUGGAGGCUCCAGUGUUUGAAUUUCCCCUCCAUGACGUUGUUGCAUCCACUGGUGUUGAAGUGGUGCUGAAAUGCAUCAUCGCUGGCACCCCUCUCCCAGAAGUGACAUGGAAAAGAAACAACACAGACAUCAAGAGUAUUCCCACUCACGUGGUGAAGGUGGAAGGGGAGAGACACUCUUUGUUCAUCAAAUGGACAAAACCGAGUGAUGCUGGAACAUACACUGUCACAGCCACCAAUCAAAUGGGCUCAGCGUCCUGUACUGCAACCCUCUGCAUCAAAUCAGAGCCCUCACAGGAGCAGAGGGGGAAUCUGGGAGUGCCCAUGGAUGUGGCCAGCCCCAUCACUUCUGACGAGGAGUACAUGAGCCCUAUGGAGGAGAGCAUGGACUACGGCAGCUCGUAUCGGGGCCCGUCUCCCAGGACAAUCAUGGACACCCGAUUUAAGGAACCACCUGCCUUUCAGGCUAUCAUGAAUGAUCAGGCUGUCUUCGAGGGACAGGAGGUGACUAUGUCUGUUCGCAUGACGGGACAGCCAAAACCCAUGUUGUACUGGCUCAGAGAUAGAGUGACCAUAAAAACGGGCCCCCGUCAUAUUGUGCGUGAAACAGAGGACACUGCCUUCGAGAUGAUAAUUAAGUCAGCGCAGAAGUCUGACACAGGGGUAUACACCUGCAAGAUCAUAAACGAGUACGGGACAAAGCAAUGUGAAGCUAAACUAGAAGUCAAUGCACCCCCUAUAGAGCCUGGGUUGGCGGUCAUCCGGCCCGUCAGGGACAUUAUGGUGAAGGCUGGCGAGACAGCCCUGUUUGAGUGCCACGUGACGGGGCCCCAGGAUGUGGAUGUGGACUGGCUGUCUGACGGGAAGCUGAUCCAGCCAGCGCUGCUCAACUGCAAGAUGCACUUUGAUGGUCGGAGGUGCCGGCUGCUGCUCAACUCCGUGCAUGAGGAUGACAGCGGCUCCUACACCUGCAAGCUUAGCACAGCCAAAGAGGAGCUGACCUCCAGCGCCAAACUCAAAGUCAUUCCUUCCAUCGAGCCACUCUUCACCCGCAAGCUGGACGUGCUGGAAGUGAUCGAGGGCCGCAACGCCCGCUUCGACUGCAAGGUCAGCGGAACUCCUCCGCCCAACGUCACCUGGAGCCAUUUCGACCAUCCACUGGAGGAAAGUGAGGACGUACGCAUCUUAAAAGAAGGGGGACGCCACUCUCUGGUCAUCACUCAUGUCAGCAAUGAGGAUGAGGGCUUCUACACAGUCGUGGCUCGCAACCAGCACGGAGAUGCCGAUUGCUCAGCUGAGCUCUACGUGCAAGAACCCCGACCUCCAAUCUCCUCCCAAAUGGCAAAACUAGAGAAGAUGCCCUCUAUACCCGAGGAGCCGGAAGUGCCCGAGAAUGAGGUGGAGCGCUUCACCAUGCCAGACUUCGUCAAACCACUCUAUGACCUUGACGUGAUUGAGGGCAAAGAGGCCGUCCUCAAAUGCAAAGUCGCCGGCCUGCCAUACCCAACCAUCACCUGGUUCCACAAUGGCAAGAAGAUCGAGAGCACAGAGGACAGGAAAAUGACACAAUUCAGGGACAUCCACAGCCUGGUGAUUCGCUCGGUCUGCCACGCCCAUGGCGGCGUCUACAAGAGCGUCAUCUCCAACAAGGUGGGCAAGGCCACCUGCUAUGCCCAUCUGUACGUGACAGAUAUCAUCCCUGAUCCUCCUGAAGGUGCCCCAGUGGUUGAAUCAAUCAGUGGCAAGACCAUCAACUUAAAGUGGAAGAAACCUAAAAGACUGGAUCCUUCCAUUGAACCCGGCUCCUUGAUGUACGCUGUCCAGCAGCAAGCCCUCGGCUCAAUUCAGUGGACCAUCAUAGCCUCCUCUCUGAAGGAGACGUCCUACACGGUCACCAUGCUGUCCAAGGGGGUCCGCUACGCCUUCAGGGUCCUCUCAAUCACCAGCAAGGCUUUCAGCAAGCCCUCUCCUGCCACAGACCCGGUGCAGCUCGUAGACAGAGGUCCCUAUCUGCAGGAGGCUCCUGUCAUCAUUGACAGGCCAGACGUGGUGUACGCGGUGGAGAACCAAUCAGUCAGCAUCAAUGUCAUGCUCAAUCACGUCAAUGCGUCGGUUUCCUGGAAAAGGAAAGGGAUCACUCUUGUGAACCGGGCCGGGAUGUUUGAGAUGGGCAUGCCUGAUGAUGACCAGCACACAUUCAAGAUUGUCAAGGUGAAUAGAGUGGACAUGGGUCAGCUCACGUGUGUAGCCAGCAACCAGUACGGCAGCGAUUCCUGCAUCUUCACCCUGGAGCUUGCAGCACCUCCAACAUUUGAGACCAUCAUGGAGGACUUGGAUGUCAGUAUGGGAGAGACUCCUCGCUUUGCUGUGGUUGUUGAAGGAAAGCCAAUCCCAGACAUUCUUUGGUUUAAGGACGACAUCCUGCUGGCAGAGAGCAGCCACUACACCUUUGUGUAUGACGAUAAUGAGUGUUCCCUGGUGGUGCUCAACACUCACCCUGAGGACUCUGGGGUGUACACCUGCACCGCCAAGAACUUGGGUGGCUCCGUCUCCUGCAAGGCUGAGCUCACCGUUCACAAAGCCAAGAAGCAGAGUGGGGACGCGAUGGAAGAUGAACAGUCCAUCCGGAGGAAGAUGCGGAGGCUAACCGAUUACUAUGAAGUGCACAAAGAGAUUGGAAGGGGCGCCUUUUCAUAUGUGAAGCGUGUGACGCAGAAAGCGGGGAAAAUGGAAAACGCAGCCAAGUUCAUCUCGGCGGGCGCCAAGAAGAAGGCUUCGGCCCUGCGAGAGAUGAGCCUGCUGUCAGAGCUGGACCACGAGAGAAUCCUCUAUUUCCACGACGCCUUUGAGACGAAGAAUGCCGUCAUUCUAAUCACAGAGAUGUGUCAUGAGGAGCUUCUGGAGAGGAUGACAAAGAAAUCUGUGGUGAUGGAGAUAGAUAUCUGUUCCACUAUCAGACAGCUGCUGGAGGGAGUUAGAUAUCUUCACGAACACAACAUCCUGCAUCUGGAUGUCAAGCCUGACAACAUUCUAAUGGCAGAUCCUACGACUGAUCAGAUUCGCUUGUGUGAUUUUGGGAAUGCCAUGAAACUCACACCUGACGAGACACAUUACUGCAAAUACGGCACUCCGGAAUUUGUCGCUCCGGAGAUUGUUAACGAGACACCUGUCUCCAAGGCAACUGACAUCUGGCCAGUUGGGGUCCUGACCUAUCUAUGCCUCACUGGUGUGUCUCCCUUUGCGGGAGAGAAUGACCGAAGCUCUGUCCUUAACAUCAGGAACUAUAAUGUGGCUUUUGAAGAGAGCAUGUUUGCGGACCUCUGCCCUGAAGCCAAGGGAUUUGUUAUCAAACUGCUGGUGGCUGAUAAAGUGAGGCCUGAUACCAGUGAAUGUCUUCGUCAUCCCUGGUUUAAGAUUCUAAACAAAGGAAAGUCCAUCAGCACAGAGUCCCUUAAGAAGUUCCUGUCCCGGAGAAAAUGGCAGCGAUCUCUUAUCAGCUACAAGUCUAAAAUGGUGAUGAGAUCCAUCCCAGAGUUGCUGCAUGACUCCUCAAGCCACGUCUCCAUCGCGGUCCCAAAACACCUCAAAGAAGGCUCCCCUGCUCCUUCCUCUUCCUCAGACUCUGAUGAGGACAUUCAAGAGCUACCCUUCAUUCCCAUGCCUUUGAACUUGGGCUUCUCUGGCUUGAGAGUCUCCCUGACCGAUAUCCCAGCAGAAGGCGAGGCAAUGAGAAAGGCCAAUGGCUCUCCAGAGGCUGCUGUAUCAGCUAGCCAAGGACAGGAGCCAAUGGAGUGUGAGCCAACAGAAAAGGACAAGGAGGGUGAGGAUAAGUCAGGCAGGGGCCGUGCAAGGAAGAGAUCAACGCAGGAUGAAGAGAAAGGGUCUUCAGACGAGGAACCAGGAGAACUGCCUCAGAGGGUGGACCACCCAAAGAGGCCUCUACGCAGGGGCUCGAGCAUGGACUCGGAUAAGCCAGAGGGGGCCAGCCGAAGGAGAGGCGAACUCCGCCGAGGUGGCUCAGCCGACAGUGCCCUGCUGCUCCGCAUCAAUCCAGAAGAUGGCGCCAAAGAAGGAGGCAGUGAGGACGGCAAACGAGUCCUCAAGAAGGCUGUGUCCAUGGAGCUGCCACGUAGAAGCGCAAGUCCAGGAACCGGGAAUAUGAGCCAGGAGGACUACGCUCUGAAACUGGAGCUCAUGAGGCAGAGGCUGCUGAGGGGCGGCCGAGUGGACAACAAGAUGAGUGGACUCCGCGGGCCACUGAUAGACACCCUGGGGAUGGGGGACGACAGACGUCUCUCCCGGCGGAUGGGUGCCCCUCCACUUGUCAGGGCAGCCUCAAGCGAAGAUCCCAGAGAAGACAUCCCGAAGACUAAGGUGCUUCGCAAGAGCGCCUCCUUCAGCCAAGGGGACACCGAGCCAAUACCACUCUACAGACGCAUGGGCGCCCCACUGGAGAUCCCACUUGCUCAGAUAGAGGAGCGUCGGCUGCAGGAGGCUGUGUCCAUGUCUGCCCUAGCCGAGCCUCGUCCUGUCACGCCUAAACCUCCCACACCGGAGCCAGUGAGGCAGGACAUUGCAAGCAAGAAAGAGGAGGGUGAAACUGAGAAGAAGGAUAGUAAGCUCGAAGAGGAGGUGACUAAGAUGGAAACAGAGGUAGUGGCCACAGGGGUUGGAGAUGAUCAGAGGGUAACUGGAGUUGCUGGGGACUCAAGAGUAGAGGAAGCAGAGGUUGUUCAGAAGGUGAUCCAAAGGACUUCCACACCUAGCAUGGUCCAAAGAAAUGUAAUAGAGGAAAAAAUUGAAGAGGUAGAUGAAGAGGAAGAGGAAGAAGAAGAAGACGAAGAAAGAAAGGAAGAAGUGAAAGAUGAAAGGACGAUGUACGCUGCUGAGACUGAUAAUAGAAUGGAUGAAGAGGAAGUUCACCCACCAGUUAGAACCCCUGAGAUCCCCAUAUCUUCCAGCUCCAUCAUGUUGACUCCAACACCUGCAAGAGUCCCAACUUCAGUUGUCUCAACCUAUGUGACACCCUCUCCUCCGAGUCAUGUUGUACUCCCAGAUGGCAGGCUAUCUGCCUAUGCCAGCAUAAUGCAGACAAUUGCAACACCAGCCAACCAGCCAGCCAGUGGUUCAGCUGCAGCUUCUGCACCAGACUCUACCCAAAUCCUAUCAUCAGUGCCUGUCUAUGCACCCAUAUCAACAACUGUUCCUGAACCAACCCAAGCAGUUGUUGCCACAUCUAGAACCGAAACCCUACAGACACAGGAGCACGCAGCAGUCUUCUCCAGGGUCGCGUCCACAGAGCAUCUUCCUAAUGAACCAAGUCCACCAAAGACUCCAACAUCUCGCCGCUCUCCCAUGAGGGAGACCACACCAGGCGAAGACAAUAUCAAGGACAUUGCAUCUGAGGAGGUCUUCGAGGCCAGGUUCAAAAAGCGUGAGUCAUCCUUGACUCGUAGCUUUAAACUCCUCUCUAGGCAGAAACCAGAGGAGAGGCCGGUUGCGGUAUCCACUGAGGACGUCGAUGAGCAGGUAUACAGGCCUGGAGUGGUGGGGGCUCCACUAGAGUUGGCGUCCAGGAGGCUUGAGGAGAAGUCAAAGUCAGUCCAGGAUCUCCGUGAGGCCCAAAAGGAUCCAGGGUUCAUGAGGAGGCUCUCCAUGCGCCUGAGGAGGACCCCAUCCGAGGAGAGGAAGAAGGAGAAGGCCGAGGAAGAGGAUCCCUCCACCCCAAGGCGUAGACUCUCCUGGGCUCUGGGUCGCCGAGGCUCCCAGGAGAAGAAAGAGGUGGAGAUGGUGAGAAUGGAUGGAGGAGUGGAGACACCAACAGAGCCAGAGAGUGUCAAGAAGCCCAGCGAGUCUCCAGUCCUGGCCAUGCGCAAGAAGAUCGGGUCCACCGUGGCUGGCAUAUCCAUGAGGAUCCGCAGCUUCUCUGAAGAAAGGAAGACCAAGACUGAGGAAGCCAGGGAGACCAGGAGACCGUUGCUCUCUAUCCUGCGCCGCUCCUCCACGGGGGCCUCCUCGGAGUCUCUGGAUUCCGUGUCCAGCAUUCAGUCCGAGUCCACAGCCAAGGGUGCAGAGACUGAUCGUAGGUCCAGGUGGGACAGGUGGGGUUUGUCCAGAGGCAAGAGGGACAAGACGGCCUCCCAGCCUGACAUCCCAACUGCUAUUGCCAGGGAGAACGGGUCGCUGCACUCACGCCAGUACUCAAGGCUGACCUCAGACUUCCCUCCUGUGUUCCACAUCAAACUGAGGGACCAUGUCCUGCUGGAGGGAGAUCCAGUCACUCUGAGCUGCCUCCCUGCUGGCAGCCCCCACCCACACAUCCAAUGGUGGAAAGAUAAGAAGCCACUAGAGAUUGAUGCGAGGAUGAACCUGAUCUCCUGUCCCGAUGGGAGGCAGCUGCUGAUGAUCAUGAAGACCACCAAGAAAGACGCAGGGCUGUACGAGUGUGUGGCCACCAACCCCCUGGCCUCCGUCACCAGCUCCUGCACCCUCUCCCUCGCCCGUCUUCCCAACCGCCCGGGGACCCCCGAAGUUCCACAGCGCUACAAAAACACCGCUCUGGUGGUGUGGAGGCCUUCAGACACCAUGGCUCCCUGCACCUACUCUCUGGAGAGGAAAACAGAGGGUGACACUAACUGGCUCAUAGUGGCCACUGGUGUGGCAGACUGCUACUACAACGUCACUGACCUGCCUGCCUCAGGCGCCAUUAUGUUCAGAGUGGCCUGUGUGAAUAAGGCUGGACAGGGACCCUACAGCAACCUGUCAGAGAAGGUGGUCCUGGACACGCCAGAAUCUCCCAAAUCCUCUGGAGCAGUGGUGGUGAAGACACUCCCGUCAGCGCCCACUGUGGUCACAUCCUCCAUGACGGUGCCUCUGAAGCCUGCCACCACCAAAACCAUGGCCCCAUCUAAGGCCCCUCCUGCACAGCCUGCAGCUCCUUCUGCCACAGGCCAGCCCAGCAAACCCACCGCUCCUGUGCCUACGGUCACGGUUCCUGCCUCGACUCCAUCCCCCGCCCCCGCCCCAGCCCCUGGCACACCGACGCCUGCCAAAGCCAGGAGCACCCUGAACAUCACCAUGGCCAAACCCACGACUGCCAGCACCCAACCAAAAGCGCCAACUGUCACCAAACUCGCGCCCCCUGUGGUCCUUCCCAAACCACAGAGUCCGAUCAACGUGGUUCCCCCCAUGACCAAAACCCCUGUGUCUCCCCCACCACUGGUCUCAGCCCCGCAGGCAAUCGGAAAACCAAUAUCAACAGUGCCAAUGUACGCCCCUGCCGCCACCACAUCAGCCACGAAGGGAGCCCCCACCACGCCUUCCCGUGCCCUCUCCCCCCCGGUUGUGCUGGUGACCAGCCUGACCCCUGUUGGGGAGGGCCGCAUGACGCCCAGCGGGCGGGCAACACCCUCGGGUCGGGCCACCCCCUUAGGGCUCAGGAUCCCCUCUGUAAAACCUGGCGAGUCCAUGUUACGGCAGGGGGUGCCUCAGAAACCAUACACCUUCAUGGAUGAGAAGAACAGGGGUAGGUUUGGUGUGAUCCGAGAGUGCCGGGAGAACGCCACUGGCAACCUCUUCAUGGCCAAAAUUGUGCCGUACGAACCAGAGAACAAGAAAAUCGUGCUCCAAGAGUACGACAUCCUCAAGUCCCUGCAUCACGACAAGAUCAUGGCACUACAUGAGGCCUACGUCACUCCGCGCUACCUGGUCCUCAUCUCAGAGUGCUGCGCCGGGAAGGAGAUUCUCUACAGUCUUAUUGACAGGUUCCGCUACUCUGAAGACGACGUGGUGGCCUACAUCGUCCAGGUACUACAGGGACUUGACUACCUUCAUAAUCGGCGAAUCCUGCACCUGGAUAUCAAACCGGACAAUAUCAUAGUGACUCACAUGAACGUGGUGAAGAUCAUAGACUUCGGCUCUGCUCAGACCUUCAACCCACUCUUCCUGAAACAGUUCAGCCCCCCCCUGGGAACCCUGGACUUCAUGGCUCCUGAGAUGCUGAAAGGGGAUGUGGUGGGCCCGCCAGCUGACAUCUGGAGUGUAGGCGUGCUGACCUACAUCAUGCUCAGUGGGAAGUUGCCUUUUACGGAGAAUGAUCUGGCCGAGACAGAAGCCAGGAUCCAGGCUGCCAAGUUUGACCUCAGCAAGCUCUACCAGAAUGUUUCUCAAAGUGCCUCUCUGUUCCUGAAGAAGAUUCUGUGCAGCUACCCUUGGGCCCGACCCUCCAUCAAAGACUGCUUCAACAACGCCUGGCUGCAGGACGCCUACCUGAUGAGGCUGCGACGACAGACCCUCACCUUCACCACUACGCGCCUCAAGGAGUUCCUGGUCCAGCAGCAGCAGUUCAGGACUGAGGUGGCCACCAAGCACAAAGUCCUCCUGCGCUCCUACCAGAGUUCUCCCACCACCCCCACCGCACCCGUCACCCAGUGACCUCCCCCACCUUAGCUGCACAGAAGGAGGGACAUGGCCCCCCGAGAGAAGCCUGUCCGUGUUCCUCAGAAGGCCGGCUGGGCCAGUAGGCGCCCCCAGGCCCCUCUCUCUCUCUCUCGUUGAGGGGGGUAGGCUUGGUAGAGCCUGGAUGGGCCACCUGUUUAUGUAAUAAUGUAAGCACACCAGGGGGAGGCCAGGCGCCAGGCACCAAGAACCCAGCUCCUGAUCACUCAACCACCAAGAUGUCCGCUCCGAGACGAGACCCAAUGCCACACUGAACACAGAGUAUCUCACGCAACCGGACAGUAUUAACGCAAAGGAUUUUAAUGUCUUUUUUUUUUACCUCUUUCAGCUGUCGGCAGCAUGCUCAGUGGUUUAGUGUUCAUUGUCAUGGAUCUUCGUCCUUGAUCCUUGAUCCUAACCCCUGCAUCCUUCCCUCUCUCUCCCUUUUUCUUGACAUUCUUCUACUCAUGCAACUUUUUUGACAAAGCUUUACUAACUGUUCACAGUGAUGUGUCCCUCCUUGAGGGAUUUGUGGACCUGGUCAUGGUAGUAACUGUAUUUUCUCACAAAGCCCAUUUAUCAAAAACUCUGACAAACAGAUAACUAUUUGCUAGAAAAUCAAAAGUAAAAGAAAAUGUGUAAUUCUGUUGCGUCUCCUUAGGUUAAGCAGGGGUCUUGAAAUGUGUGAAGAAAUAUGAUGUAUAUCUUUUUUUUCCUGCUAGUUUUUAUGACCUUAAAACACUCUUUUAUUACCAGUAAUUGUCAUAACAGUAACAUAUCUAAAUAUUGAAUGUUGACUUGAUAAAGAUAAAUGGGCACUCUAAAUUCUCACUGUUGUGCAAGAGGACAUUUGACAGUUAAGGUGAUGUUCUCGAAUACAGUGUACUGCUAGAGACUAAGACAAGUCUAGAUGAUGUCAAGAUAUUUUAAAAGUUUUACAGUCUAAUUGUGUGUCAAUUGUGUGUCUGUUGCAAGUUCAAUGAAAAUCACCAAACAUUGUUUUGGUUGCCAAAUACCGCCUAAAACGGAGGGGGAAAAAAACAGAUGAAUGCUAAUUUUUAUGUGUUAAUGAAUGCAGUUUAGUGUCUUUUCCAUAGAAGUGUCAGUGGAGCUCAUUUGCUAUUCUUAGGGAAUGAACCCACUGGAAACAUGGCAGGAUCUUGAUUCAGCCAGAUAAUUGGGUUACAAUGGAUUUUUAAAAGUAAUUUCAAAAAAACUAUUUGGUUAAAAUAAAUUAUUUGAGAUUUUUAUUUUUUAUGUUUGGGGAGGGGGUGGGGGGUGGUAUUGCUGCAUAAGACACAUCCAUGCAGUCCUGUCUCUGAGUGUGUGUCUGCAUAAGACACAUCCAUGCAGUCCUGUCUCUGAGUGUGUGUCUGCAUAAGACACAUCCAUGUAGUUCUGUCUCUGAGUGUGUGUCUGCGGUCUCAUGGCUCCCUGUGUUGUCUGCAGACUCACAGGUGAAUCUCAGAUAAUUUGAAGCGUGUUGAGUCUACACACGACUAACUUUGCUGACAGUUCUCUGUGUGGUAGCUGCUGCCUGGACACUGACCACACACCGUGUUUGUGAAAGUCAGCGUUGCAGUAUAUGGGUUUUAUGUCGGUAGCCCACAGGUGCAAGGUACCCAUAAAAUGUAACGUUUUAAACAUGGACACUUUUCAUAUCAAUAUCACAACAGCUGUUAUGUUGUAUGUCAUUUGAAAGCCGUUUCAUUGCCUUCAAAUAUAAACGUGAUGCUCUCUCCUGACUGUGCACACAUUGUCCUGCUGUUUAGAAAAGAGACAACAAAUAUUUGCAUCUUUUUUCAUUAUGUUAAUUUGUUCCUGUUGUGCUUGCACUUUUACCUUAAUCAUAGCUUAAUAAUUUAAUUAAAAUAUAUUGUACAUUUGUUCAUUAAACCUAAACUAUGCCAGCAAAUGUUUAAACCAGUUGAAUAGCGAGUCUUUCUGGCACCCUGACUUGAUAAUGAAUAGAGUUCUCAUAGGUACUUGCACAAUUUGCAAGUCCUUGCAAUUCUUAAAAGAUAUUUUAUGUUGUGAAAUUGAUGUCUUUGGACAUUGUUCCCUCCUAAAUUUAAUGAUAAGAUGUAAAUCAUACUUUUGAUGUUGUAUAAUUAAUCAGAAGUGUCAUGACUAGUUUUCAGAAUUCAUUCAAACUUGUGAUUCAUUUUAUUUAUUAGCUUUUGUGAAGGUUCAGUGAGUUUGUUAACAUUAGAAUUAAGAAUCAACACAUUUUUUUUUGUUAAGUGAAUGACAUUUCUACAUGGAUCCUUAGAUUUUGUAGAUGGUUGCCUGAAUGUAAAUGGGUUGUAAACUCAGCCCACCAUAGUCCCUCUGCUAAAAACAGAUUUAUUUCCAUACCAUUGAAUUAUGAUACGAAUAAACUGGAAAUAUAACUAAUAACAAUAUUUAUUAGAAAUUCUAAAAUUGUUCUAAAACUGUACAGAUAUUUUGGUCAAACAAGGAGUGUUAUCUGAGGAGAAAACAUGGUCAAGGUAUCCAAUUCAGCUUUAGACCAUGACCGCAGAAAGGCAAGACAUGUCCCUCACCAAAUCAAAAUUCUGUAUUCCAAAGUUGCGAUUGCCAUUGAUUCCAACCCCUUUAAAGAGUUUUGUUAGUGCAAUGACCAGGAGACUGCACUGAAACAUUUGCAUCAUUUGUCUAGUAUGCAGACUGAAUCUCAAGUAGUUUGUGCGAUACCAAAGCUGUUCAUAUUGAAUCCCUUGCAAUGCACCCAUGUUCUAAUACAGUAUUUAUGCAGUGUCCAGGUGGUGAGGGAAAAUAACAAGUGCAUGGUCACAUAUUUUAGUUCCAGCACAUUUUUUCAUGACUUGUAAUUUAUUGAAUGGGUGUAAAGUCAUAGCUAACUUAUAGCUUAAAUUCUCUGAAGUGGACAAUAUGGCUGAUGAGACAACAAAUAAAGGAUUUAUCACUCAAAUGCCCAGUCAACAGUUUGUGGUUGUGAAUAUGGUUUUGUAUUAUUUAUUUUUUGUGUGUUCUUUUGUUCCUCUAUCAUGCUGCGCAACCCCUUUAAUGUGAAUCUGAAUAAAGCUUUUAUUUCUGGAUUGCAUAAUGUUGCACUAAA